AGUCGCAGCAACGCCAGGCUCUUUCUCGCUCAAAGAGCAACACUGCGCAAAGAUGAAGCUUUCGAAUCAGUCAGAGGUGCCAGUUUAUACAAUCUCUGGAUCGAACACUGCACGACCACUUCCUGAAUGGCUUGCGAGACGGAGAAAGCGCAGUCUUAAAAAUGACCCGGAGUAUGCGAAUCGGGUUGAACUCCUACAAGAUUUCGAGUUCGAAGAAGCUAGUCAAUGUGUAAGAGUCAGCGAAGAUGGUGAAUGGGUUAUGAGCACAGGAACCUAUAAGCCUCAGAUUCAUACACACCAUCUUCCACAGUUGUCUCUCUCAUGGGCUCGCCACACAGAUGCGCUAAACACCACAUUCCUCCUUCUCUCCUCCGACUACUCCAAAUCUCUCCACUUACAGUCCGAUCGCUCGCUCCAGUUUCACACACCUGCAGGGUGCCAUUACACAACAAGACUUCCCAGAUAUGGCCGUGAUCUAGUUUACGAUAGACAAUCUACUGAAGCAUUAAUCCCUUCUGUUGGCGUCAACCAAGAUGGCAUGGGUGAGGUCUUUCGACUUAACUUGGAGAUGGGUCGGUACAUGCGGAGUUUCGAGAUUGAUGUAGGUGGUGACGACUUCACAUCCGCUGGUGGAGGAACGCUGCAAGGUGGUAUCAAUACAGGUGCUGUCAACACGGGAGCUAUUGCGGAGGAAAGCCACAAUCUGCUUGCCUUCGGUACCACGUUAGGUACGGUGGAACUCUGGGAUCCAAGAGCGAAAGGCAGGGCAGGAAUCUUGCUACCGCCCACACAAUCAGUCCCUGAUGAAGGCCGCCAUGAGAUCACAGCAUUAGAGUUCCACCGUUCAGGUUUGACCCUCGGUACGGGUUCCUCCAACGGGCUUAUUCACCUGUACGAUCUUCGUUCGCCAGUUCCCCUACUCAAAAAAGACCAAGGAUAUGGAUUCCCCGUUCACACACUUAAGUUCUUGCAGCCUUCCUCCUUGACACGUGAACAGACAAUGGAGCCUAAGAUCCUCUCUUCCGACAAAAAGAUCAUUAAGAUUUGGGACCCUCGGGACGGCAGUCCUUGGACGUCUGUGGAGCCUGCUGUCGACAUCAACUCGGUUGCUUGGUGCAAGGAUAGCGGAAUGAUUUUGACUGCCAACGAAGGACGCCAGCAGCAUGCAUUUUUCAUUCCUCAGCUUGGACCCGCGCCGAAGUGGUGUUCCUUCUUAGACAACCUUGUUGAGGAAAUGGCUGAAGAUCCUAAUGAUCCUAACGCAUUCAGCAGCGGGCAGGCAAGCUCUGUGUACGACAACUACAAGUUCUUGACCGUUCCUCAACUGCGCACUUUGAACUUGGAGCACUUGAUUGGCCGGACCAAUCUCCUGCGCCCUUACAUGCACGGUUACUUUGUGGCACAACGCUUGUAUGAAGAGGCUCGUUUGAUCACGAACCCCUACGUCUGGGAAGAGGAACGUGCAAAGAGAGUCAAGGAGAAGAUUGACAAGGAGCGCGAGAGCAGAAUCCGGGGCAAGAAGAAGGCUGCCGUCAAGGUCAACAAGAAGCUGGCCGACAGACUUAUGGCGAUUGAGGAGAAGAAUGAACGUAAGAGGGCGCAGCGUGUACUGCAGAAGGGCGGUGAUGAGGAUAUGGUCGACGUACCUGCAUCUGCGCCUGCAGCAGAGAAACCCGGCCAAGGUCUACUGGGCGAUAGUCGUUUCGCCAAGUUGUUCGAGGAUGAAGACUUCGCCGUCGACGAGGCAUCGCAUGAGUUCAGGCUUCUCAACCCUAGCACUGUCACAGACGUCCCAGAGAGAAAGGAAAGAGGUCUUACGGCCGUUGAACAAGAGGAAAUCGACGAAGUGCCCGGCUCCAGCUCCGAUGAUUCAGACUCUGAGAGAGAAGCAGAACGUCCUGUCAAGGAGAAGUCUUCCGGAAAGAUCUCGACUUCCUCCUAUAAACGUACCAACCGGUCUCAGCAGCCCCGAAUGCAAGUUUCUUCUUCAUCUGCCGCCAACUCUACUCGCGACCGUUCGUUUGGCUCUAGGGCUCAGAAUAUGCGGACUAAGGAGAGGCCAUCGCGUCGUGGCGGCGUCGUUGGCGAGAGAGAGGUGACAUUUACACCCCAUGUCAAGUCGAAACAGAACAAGGCCCCGGCACCAUCUCGGGAUACAAGCUUCAAGGCGAAGGAGAGACGCAGUGCCUCCGGCAACACUUUCCGAAGGAUGUGAUUCUGCAAGGUUUGACGAAGUUUACGUCAGGUAGUUACGGUGCACUUCCAUUUACGAGGAGCUUUUUUUUUUUUACAAGGUACGCUGUACUACUGGCUUCAGUUACGCAAACGCUAUAUCUUCAAAUUGGGGUCUAUUGGAACAGAUUCUGAUGAGAGGGUUUCCAUGAUACCUCUAGCAUAAACUGUGUUGGUAUCCAACAUCGUUGCUGGUGCACCAGAUACAGGGCGUCCUAGCCAUUAUGGCUAGCAUGACAUAUUCGAACAUGGUCUCUAGACUGAGGGUACUCCAUAUGAAGCGGACCCAUAGAAAUCCAGCUCCCACAUGGAUGCCCAGAGGUUAUCAUGGUUUGAGCUUCAGGGCCCUUUAUCUCAAGAUGACUUCGCUGCCUCAUGUUCUCAAUAUUUAACGCCAACGGCAAUCCUGCCCAACUUACGGAAUGAACAGUGCAUCAGAAUGCCAUACCAUUCAAUGUAUAUAUAAUCAAUUUAGAAUACUGGAUGAAUU